UUCCUUUCAGCCAAUCAGUUUGGUCUACUGACCGAGCGUCACAGAACGUAAUUAAUAUUCAUAAGCAAAGCCUUCGCCAUAGUAUUAUUCUCCACUCGCUGGUCUGCUCCCGGUUAAGAUGGCCACUAGUCCCAAAAGACCGUCACUGGGGGCAGUAGCCCCUCGUAAAAAAGCCAAUCCAAAGCCUGAACUGACAGAAGAGCAAAGGCAGGAGAUCAGAGAGGCGUUUGAGCUCUUCGACACUGAUGGCUCUGGUUAUAUCGAGGUGAAGGAGUUAAAGGUGGCCAUGAGAGCGCUGGGGUUUGAGCCUAAAAAGGAGGAAAUCAAGAAAAUGAUUGCAGAGGUUGAUAAGGAUGCUACUGGAAAGAUCUCUUUCAGUGAUUUUAUGACAGUGAUGACCCAAAAAAUGGCUGAAAAGGACUCCAAAGAAGAAAUUCUUAAGGCUUUUCGGCUGUUUGACGAUGACGAGACUGGAAAAAUAUCUUUCCGGAAUCUAAAGAGAGUGGCCAAAGAACUCGGGGAAAACCUCACAGACGAGGAGCUGCAGGAAAUGAUUGAUGAAGCAGACAGAGAUGGCGAUGGAGAAGUCAACCAGCAGGAAUUUCUUCGCAUCAUGAAGAAAACAAGUUUGUACUGAAUGUUAUCAGAAGCACAGGAGUAUGUGAAAUAUUCAUUUCUAUGUAAACAUUUUCAAGUUGUUGUUUUUUUUAAUGAUUUUGACGUUUUAUGCACAGUACCAUUCCAAAACCUCGAUGCCUGUCAACCCCAUCGGUCGUUUCAGAUCCAUGUGGGUUUGCCAAAUAGCAAAACGUCAAUUGUUUACACACUAUAUUCUCAAGUCUUAUCAGUCAAAAUAUAAACAGUAGCAUAUAACACAGGUUUGUAGUUAUUGCGUCAUAUAUGGUAUGCGCUGAAAUAUUUUGUGAAUUUGUCGUAACAUGGGUAAAUCUCACUUAGAAAGCAAACGUUUUAGGGUAAUAUUUCAAAAUAAUGUAAAAAAAAAAAAAGCUUAUUUUUAUGACCAUUUAGAACAAAUUUUCAUGGACCCCUGAUAAAAAUAAAUAAAAACACUGCCGUUAGUAAAAAUUACUAUCACAAUAGUGAGACUGUAUUAAAAAUUAUACUUACAAAAAACCCCUGAAUGCUUUUUUCCUAGAAAUCACUCAUAUAUAUAUACUUUAGGUUUCUGCCUAAUGAUAUGUUUAAGUAUUUCUGAGUAGUAUAUCACUGAUAAAAUAAUUGAGAGCCCCGUUGAAUGAUUAUUAUAUUGAAGUUUACAAUCCCUUCUGUAGACUUUAGCAUCAGUGUGCUCACUGCGCUUUCAGGGACGUCUGUACUACAGCCCUUCUCUGUGCCUCAGCUUCUUUGAAGGAGAUUUCUGCAGUUUUAGUAAAUACGGUGAUCCUGUGGUUGUAUUUUUCUCCUUUGUGUUUCUUUAUGCACCUUCAAAAUUGGUUUCAGAUGUUUUGUAUUUAAGUACACUUGAGAUGCUAUUUAAGUAGUAUUUAAAAUAAAAUAAAUUGUAUUGAGCAGCCGUUAUUGA